AGUCCGCCGUGCCACGACGGCCCCGCGCUGCCCUCUGAGUCACAAAAGUCCUGCGGCCGCCACACGGCGCCCGCGGGGUCGCCGAGCGGUUGGGGGGACCCGGCUCCGCGACGGGCCCGGGGGGGGCUGCGCGUCCCCUGACCUCCUCACGUGCAGCCGGCGCCCCGUGCCCAGGCUGUGCUCGCACGGCCAACCGUGAGCGCGCCAGGGAGCGCCGAGUUUGGCUUCGUCUGGGAGAUAACGGCACCGCGGCCGCCACCGCUCUGCCCUUCACCCCGCGGCCCCACGCGUCGCUCCCGUCGGGCUCCCGGCUCCGCUGACGUGGCCAAGGCCGUGGCCAAGGCCGGCACGGGGCCGAACGCUUGUCUGCGCCCAGUGCAUCCCAAUGGGCUGCCCGGGCCGGGGAGGUGGCACUGUGCUGGGGGCCGUGUGGGGACAGCUGAGCGGCCGCGUCCUGUGCUGGCGGUACGGCCCGUGGCCCCGCCCUUGUUUUGCUGCCAGAGGGGAAUCAGAGCCCCGAGGCACGAGCAGAGCACGGGUAAAGGCACCCGAACCCACUCGUGUUCCUGCAGGAGGGUGUGCGGUUGGAAUUCCCAUCGCUUUCUGCAUCUCCGGUCAAACUUCGGUGUUCCCGGGAGGUGCUCAUUUGUUGCACCUCUGUUGCACCUUCGGAUUUUGGGAAACGCAGCACGGGUGUUCUGAGCUCAUCCCCUCCUCCUGCUGGGAAGGACCAACGCUGCGCUGUGCCCUCACCGUUCCGGGAGGUGAGCAGCUCACCAGGAAACAAAAUCCCGGGUUUGCUUAACGCUGGGUGUGUUGCGUCCGACUGUUGCACAACCAUCACCGCUGACUGUUACACCGAUGUGCUUUUGGGCUCUCCCACCGUGCCGUGAAUCAUUAACCCUCGGGUACAACCACGGGCUGCAACACGCUCUGCUGCCUUUCCCGGCUCAGCUCCGCGCCGACGGAUCUGCGCCAUGUGCAGCCGAGCCUCCAUCCGCAGCCAUCCCGCAGCCCGCAGGGAGCGCUGCGGGGUCGGGCCGUGCCGGGCGGAGCGCAGCGGUGAUGGGGCCGGGCUGCCGGAGGGCGGUGAGCAGCUAUUCCAGUCCGCAGGUGGUGGUGGUGAGGGACGGGCUCCUCGGCACCGCGUAUCGGGCGUUGCAGCUCCUGGUGCUGCUCUACUUCAUCGGGUAUGUGUUCAUCGUACAGAAGGGCUACCAGGAGCGAGAAACGGGUCCGGAGAGCUCCGUCAUCACCAAAGUCAAGGGCGUGACGCAGUCACCCAGCAAGGUCUGGGAUGUUGGGGAGUACGUGGCCCCCCCCGAGGGUGGGAGCAGCUUCAGCAUCCUCACACGGGUGGAGGUGAGCGCUGCCCAGGCCAUGGGGACGUGCCAUGAGGGUCCCAGCGCUCCAUGCCACUCAGAGCAGGACUGUGUCCCUGGGGCCAUGGAUGCAUCCCACCAUGGUGUGAGGACGGGGCGCUGCGUGCCUGGGGGCAGUGGGAGGAGCUGCGAGGUUCUGGCCUGGUGCCCUCUCCAUGGAGGCAGCAGCGGGUACAGUGAGUCCCUGGCGGAGAUGGCAGCACAGUUCACCAUCCUCAUCAAGAACCACAUCCGAUUCCCCCGCUUCGGCUUCUCCAAGGCCAACAUUCAGGCUGCCGAGAGCCACUACCUGAAGAGCUGCACCUUCAAUGCCACCUCCGCGCUGUACUGCCCCAUCUUCAGGCUGGGCUUCCUGGCUGAGCAGGCAGGCGAGGACUUUGCAGUGCUGGCUGAGAAGGGUGGGGUGAUUGGUGUCAUCAUCAGCUGGGACUGCAACCUGGAUCUGCCUGACACCGAGUGCAACCCGCGCUACUCCUUCCGUCGCCUCGACCCCAAAGGGACUUUGGCAUCACCAGGCUACAACUACAGGUUUGCCAAGUAUUACAGCUGGAACGGGACCUGCACACGGGUGCUGACCAAGGCCUAUGGGAUCCGUGUGGAUGUGAUUGUGCAAGGCCAGGCAGGGAAGUUCAGCCUGAUCCCCACGGUCAUCACGUUGGCCACUGCGCUCACCUCGGUGGGACUGGGCUCCUUCCUCUGCGACUGGGUGCUGCUGUGCUGCAUGGACAAGGAGCGGCGGUACAGCAGCAGGAAAUUUGAGCAGGUACCAGUGGGCUGAGGAUGCUCCUCUGCAGCCCCAGACCAUCCCCCCUCCAUCCCCAAAUUGACAUUUCCCACACAGAGCUGUGCCCAUGGCUGGGCAGAAUGCACCUUACAGCCACCCACUACUGCUGCCAAUAAACUAUCACU